UCUGGCGAAGAUUGAAGCGGCAGCACGAGCAAAAGAGAACCGGCAACACUCAAACAGCCCACGCCCGCCCUUUAGCACUCUCGGCGUUUCUGCGUUACGCCUGAAAAAUAGAUCUGAACUCGAAGAGCUUUCUGGAGUUUGACGACGCGAUUCUUUCUGCUUCUGAGUUCUCAAAUAACACGACGAACUGUAGCUAUUGACUGUACUGGACUGGUGAAAGCUGUGGUCUUUGGUCGUUUUGCUUUUUGAUAUGGCGGAUCCAACUGAACCCGAACCUCAACAGACUGAAGCAGUGUGCAAUUUUUUUAGAAAACCGAUGAAGAACAAGAAUAUUAGAAAGAGAAUGAUUGAUGAGGAUGAAGAUGAGGAUGAGGAUUCAAAAACUCAAACCUCUCUGUUACACAGUCAGAAAAAAGCCUCGAAAGCUGACAAUAAGCUCUACUUUUCUACUGGACCGUCAAAGAAAUCGUCUGAAUCAAAUGCAGAACCUGAAAGGUUGUUAUUCCAAUUCGAGUCUUCAAAGGAAAUUCAAGUUCAGCAUGAUAGUAGAGCAACUGCAACUCUAGAAACUGAGACUGAGUUUUCGAAAGAUGCCCGGGCCAUUCGUGAGAGAGCUCUAAAGCAAGCUGAUGAUGCUUUGAAGGGUAAAAAAAUGAGUUCUGGUGAUGAAAAGUUGUACAAGGGGAUUCAUGGGUAUACUGAUCAUAAAGCUGGGUUUCGAAGAGAGCAAACGAUUUCAAGUGAGAAAGCUGGUGGAUCACAUGGGCCUCUCAGGGCUUCUGCUCACAUAAGAGUGUCAGCAAGGUUUGAUUAUCAGCCGGAUAUAUGUAAGGAUUAUAAAGAAACUGGUUACUGUGGGUAUGGAGAUUCAUGCAAGUUUAUGCAUGAUCGAGGGGAUUACAAGUCUGGGUGGCAAAUGGAGAAAGAAUGGGAGGAAGCAGAAAAGGCAAGGAAGAGAAAUCUGGCCUUGGGAAUGGAUGAUGAGGAGGUUGGGGGUGCAGGGGACGAUGAUGACGACGAAGAUGAGUUGCCAUUUGCUUGUUUCAUUUGUAGGGAGAAUUUUGUGGAUCCUGUCAUGACUAAAUGCAAACAUUACUUCUGUGAGCAUUGCGCUUUAAAGCAUCAUGCGAAGAACAAGAAGUGUUUUGUGUGCAAUGAACCUACUCUUGGCAUCUUCAAUGCAGCUCAUGAAAUACGCAAAAAGAUGGCUGAAGCUGGUAAACGAUAGUUCCAACUCUUUCCUGUGUAAUGUUGAAGUCAUGGAUGUGUUCUCUAUACUGUGUAGGAAGUGGCUAUUACCAUGUCCUUCUUUUCUUAGGUAAAUUAUCAGAGGAAUUUUAUUUUUUAGUAGUUCCUCAAAGCUCUUUAUUUGUCUAUCUGAACUAUCUGUACUAUCUUUCAGAAAACAAUCUAAUUUUUUAGUAGUUCCUCAAAA